UCCGGACCCCGAAUGCAUGACUUUCAACAAGGAGACAUAGCUAGUGCAAACAUCUAUGAGGUCGAUGAAGAAAGCAUAAUUACAAGCCCAGUAUAUCCCUUUACAUAUGAAAGUGGUUAUAAUUGCAAGUGGAUCAUAACGUUUGAGCCGCAGUUUUACGUUAAACUUAUCUUCACAAACAUUUCACUCAAUGUGUACGAGGAUUCUACAAGUAUUGAAAAUGACUGUGAGGAUUCAAUUCUGAUUUCUAAUUCUAUACGAAACACCAUCGAGGUUGCCAGAGUGUUGGAUAAUAGGUUUAAUGGAGCUUUGUCUGCCAUUGAAACAAGUGAAUCGGUGCUUAUUGUCACCUUGAAAACUUGCCUACCACGAUCUAAACGAAGAGUUGAUGGCCAUGGCUUCAGGGCAAUCGUCGCAAAAAAUUCUAUUCCGGCAUGUUUUACUCUUGAUUCUACAUUGGCAUGGGAGAAGGGCAGAGAGGAAAGAUGCACUCGGUCAAAAAUGUCAUUGACGUCAAUGUCUUUACUCGGACUUCCUUUUUCUGAAACAACUGAAAGAUGGACGAUAACGUCUCAAGGAAAGAGGAUCUUGAUAUCCUUUGUAGAAUUCCUGGUCAAAUGUAAAACUGACGAAGAUGGUUCCGAAUUUCUCAUUCGUGACCUGGGAGUUGAGAAAUCCUAUUGCAACUUGAAUAAACCUCCGUUAAAGAUUUAUUCUGCCUCCGAUACUGUGACAGUUAGCUUCUAUAAAGGUGUCGAUCCACCAUUUAUAACAUUCAAAGAGGGAUUUCGGCUUACUUACAUCAUCGAGAGAGUUUCGAUGGAGAAUUUGAUUUCAUACCAAGCUUAUCGAUCAAACAUUACAAAUGUUGCCCUUGGUAAACCAGCAAUUAUGUCUAGUCUGUACAUAUACCAGUCGAAAGAAUUUCUAUCUGCUAAUAAGGCAACUGACGGAACUGUUCAUUUGGAUGCCGCGUAUGGGGCAUGUUUCCAUACGAAGUUGGAACCUGAGCCAUGGUGGAUGGUAGAUUUACAAGGUAUCUACAUCAUCGACCGGAUAGUUCUUUAUAAUAAACAGGAAAAUAGUGCAGGGAGCCUUGCACGAAAUAUCGAGAUAUCUGUAGGAACAAGUACUGCUGAUUUAAGAGUUACUAGCUAUUUGUGCCGAAGUAUGGCUUUUAGAAAAUCAUUUGACCAACAUAACGUCAGAGGUAGAUAUGUUAAGCUGCAAGUGAGGCAUUAUAUACAAAAGUUUCAUCUUUGUGAAGUGGAGGUCUACGGUGUACUUGAAACUGAUAUAGAACAAAAAUUAAAGAAGGAUUUCCCAUUUCCUGACCCAGUUCAAGGUAACUGGGGACUUUGGAGUGCAUGGAGCAACUUAUGUUAUUGUGAUGGUAAACAACCAAGAAUAAGAGAAUGUGACAAUCCACCCCCUUCGUUUGGUGGACGUUCGUGUGCAGGCUCAAAUAUUGGUAACAGAGCGUGUUUACCAGACUUGAAUUGCACAUUGUCUAAUGUUGCAUUUGGUAAGCCUUCAAGCAUCUCAAGUCAAGAAUACAGUUGGUCAAGCCCUAACCUGGCAACGGAUGGUUCAACUCGUCAAACAAAAUUAUCAUGCUUUCAGACAAAUUUCGAAUAUCAGCCAUGGUGGAGAAUUGAUCUACAAGGAAACUACGAAUUGGAAAGAAUGAAAAUUUUCUCAAGCACCGAUUGUUGUCCUACAAUAAAUGCUGCAGUUUCUCUGGGAAUUUCCUGUCCGUUAUCAGUUGUUCACUAUAAAUGUGGAGCUGGAUUGGGUAGUCAGAGAAAUAUUUGGUUAAUUGGACACACUGCUAGAUACGUAAAAAUACAACUUAUAGGAAGACACGAGUAUCUUAGCUUAUGUGAAAUAGAAAUCUAUGGUCAACCAGCAGUGAAUUUCAAUGCAACAGUUCCAUUUGAUGAAGCAUGUGACGGCGCGCAAGAAGACGGUCAUUAUAGUCCUUGGUCACAAUGGAGUAGUUGUUCUGAAAAAUGUGGAAUAGGAAAGAUGACUCGAACAAGAGUUUGUGACAGCCCUGCACCGUCUAAUGGUGGUAUAACGUGUUAUGGGGAUGAUGUUGAAAUACAAAAUUGUGUUGGGAGAGGAAUUUGUCCAAUAUGCUCUGAGACCUUUGGUAAAUGCUAUAGUCUGUUUGCGAAGCUAACAAACUGGAAAGACGCAGGAUUGGAAUGUUGGGAAAGAAACCUGAAGCUAGUCUCAGUGAGGUCCAAACAAGAAUUCCGUUUUGUCAAGUAUUUGUUACGAGAUCAUAGAUACGCAGAUAAACAGCCAUUGGCAACAUUUGAUAGUGUGUUUAGAAACGCCAGUUAUUAUGCUCAUUUAGGUCUAUAUAGAUAUCCUAUGGCUGAUGGUUCAAAAUUCGAUGUAUGGGAGGAUAUGACACCAGUUACAUUUUCAGCUUGGAAAGUAGGCGAACCAUCUGUGGGAAACUGUGUACGUAUGAAUUAUGAAUCAUUUGAAGAUAUAGACACAUGGGAAUCAGAAGAUUGUGAGAGUGUGUUAGCUGAAUACUUCAUCUGUGAACAAAAAAUAAUAAACGAGUCAAUGGUGUUGCUAGACAAAGAAGUACCAAAAGUUCAUGGUAGGGAUUGGCAACGUGUCCCUGAACAAAUUAAGUCGGGCCAGUAUUCUGGGACAGCAUCAACAACAAGAUCUGGUUAUAAGUGUAUGUCUUGGGAAAAGCAAGCUAGCGAGAAUUCUGUACUGUGGUGGCAAGCCUAUACUGACAGAUGGUGGCUGACCGAGAAUACAAAAGAAGCUAAAAACUACUGCCGGGACCCGGCAUGGGAAAAUUUCAUUUGGUGUCAUUACAAAACAUCUUCAAACAUUACAAGUCGAGAGGAAUGCAGUGUGACGCUACCUGUAGUUGCAAACACUCAGCAAUAUCAAUGGCGUUAUUUGGGAAAUAGGAAUACGACAUUCUCGGGCAAAACUUGUCAGUAUUGGGAUACCCUUUCUCCACAUAGUCACCACACAACUGGUUAUAAUUUUCCUGGCGAGAACCUCAAUAGUGUUGACAACUUCUGUCGCGAUAUUUGGAAUAGCGGCUAUCUUUGGUGUUAUACCACAGAUCAAGACACGCGGUGGGAAAUGUGUAUAGUUGAAGAUAAUCCUGAAGAAAGAUGCUUACAUACACAUAAGUUAUAUAACGGGAAAUGGAACACAACUUACAGCGGUAAAGGGUGCUUACGUUGGGACGAAAUGAAAGGUCACCUGAGAGGUCAUCAGGGAGAUUAUAAGUUCCCAGAUCAAUCUGUGAGUGCUGCAGAAAAUUCAUGCCGGGAUCCUUUCGGUGACGGAUAUUUGUGGUGUUAUGUUACAGAAUAUUCUUGGGAACCUUGUCUUUUCAUAGACAUCAAGCAAACGAUAGUAUUUCCGAGGGAAUUUGAAGUUAGAGAUGAUGACCCGUUUACUUGCGCAAACGGAGACCUGUUAUCUACAGAAAAUGUUUGUGACGAAAAGUUUGACUGUCCUGAUUUGUCCGAUGAAACAGAUUGUUCAUACAAAGAACAUCGAUUGACAGCUAAUGCAGGCAGCUCUAUUAGAGAUAUGCCGAUGCCUGAAAGUUUUGUGUCGAGUUCGUAUUUUCAAUGUGGUACAAGUGACUGGGUAUCUGUCACAGUAAGAUGCGAUGGUGUCAAAGAUUGCAUAGAUGCAACAGAUGAAAUUAAUUGUACAGAAUCACAUACCUUUAUAUCCGAAUGUUCCAAUGACCAAUUUCGUUGUGAUGAUGGAGACUGUAUUCAUAUCAGUCAAGUAUGUAACUUCAUCGAAGAUUGUAUAGAUGGUUCCGAUGAAUAUUGUGAUAUUGAUGAAUGUGCGAAGACAGAGUUUUCAUGUGAUAACGGUCAGUGCGUUCCUCUUAGUGUACGUUGUAACGGGUCCCCGCAGUGUUUGGAUGGCAGUGACGAGACAUACUGUGACACGUGCAUCGAGGGUGUCGCAUUUCAUUGUGACAUUGUAAUGUGUAUACCCGAGAGACUUGUGUGUGAUAAAUACAGAGACUGUCAAGACGGAAGUGACGAAAUGUCGUGUAAGGAACCAGAUUUCACUUCCUGUGAGCAAUGGUGGGAAGCUGGCUAUAGGGAGUCUAGAAAUUAUAUUAUCGGUGGCCUAACCGUAUUCUGUGAUUUCGACUCGGUAGUGAAAAGCAAGAAAAUGUCAACAAUAAUUAGAAACUUUGACAUCCUUUGGCGGGAUGGAGAUGGGGUCGGAUAUUUGUAUUCUAGAGACACGCUUCGGGAAGAGGAUGUAAGGCUAGAUGAAAUAAUUAGAAGAACAAACUAUAACUGUGUUCAGGCGGUAACACAAAGUUGUAUUUCUUCCCAUAAAACUGUAGCAGCGUAUGAUGAUCCUCAAUACUCGAAUAGUUUCAAACAUUGCAAGUGCUUUGACCACAUCAUUUCCAUAGGCUUGUACAGCAAACUCGAGCGUUGUGACACAAAUAGUGCAAUACCUUUGAACUACAAUAAUUUAAUAUACACAUACAACAACACAAUAACUUUGUAUCGAAAGAUUGUCAUUCAAAAUAACAUCAACUAUGUGGAGCAAGGAUAUCAGUUAGUGCCUGGUGAGGCAUAUUGCGAAUAUGAUUACGACUAUCAGCUUAAUGUUACAACUUGUGAAGGGGAUGUAAAGAUGAUUGAAAGUUCUAUGUAUUGUGUCUACGACGUUGAUGCUUCUGGGUAUAAACUUGGCUGUAGAUCUGGGAGUCAUCUGCAGGAUUGUGAAACGCAUAUUUGUCAGGAGGGUACGGUAAAAUGUCCCGGCAGUUAUUGUAUACCUCUAAGAUUUGUCUGCGACGGAGAACCGCAAUGUCCAAAAGGAGAAGAUGAGGAAGAUUGUGGUUGUAAAGAGAAUGAACAUGAGAUAUUAAUACUGUAUGAUUCUGAGAGAACCUCCCAGACAUUGGAUGUUUACAAUUUUGCAAAACAGUUUUCUACAACACACAAUACCGUAAGGAUGCUGAGCUUUGUUGUCACUCAACCAUUGCUAGAAUUCAAUCUUGACGAUGCAGUUUUACAGAUUACCGAUACAGUCAUACAACCAAUGUCCGCUUUAAAUCGGAUUCAAGAAUGCCGUUAUAACAUCAUGGCAAAAGACGUUAUAGAAAGUAUUCACUUCUCAACAAAAAAGACAAAAGGGAUCAUUUUUAUACAAGACAGAAGCGCUUUCUCAUUAGACCUUUCUAAUACUAUGUUUACAAAUGUUGAGUGGAACAGUAAAAACAUAACCGUAUACAGAAUAAGAGAAUCCUGGAAAAAUGAUUCAGAUAUAAUAUCCACAACUAAUGUUAUAGAAGUAGGUGUCAGACGAUGGAACAUAUUAAAUACUAUUGGAGCAGAAUUUCUACCUAAGUUUUGUAAAGCAACAACAAAGGUUGGGUGCAUUAACAAGUACAGAUGUAAAUGGAGCAAGAUAUGUUUACCACUGAAUCAGAUUUGCGAUGGACUUUUACAAUGUCCUCAAGGCGAUGAUGAACUAUUGUGUAAUUUUGAAUGUCCAAAUGAUUGUUCAUGUGUCGGAUAUAAAGUUAACUGCACGAACAAUAAUUUCACUUUGACCAGAUUACAGUCAAUACCAGUGACAACCCGACUGCUAGAUCUGAGUUUUAAUGCUAAUCUACAAGAUAUAUUUACAGGUUCAUAUCUUAAUAUUGUGAUACUUGCAAAAUUGAAUCUUUCUUCUUGCGAUAUUACUGAUGUUAUCAAAUACUCGUUCAGGAAAAUCAGAAAUCUUGUAAGUCUCGAUUUAAGUUUCAACUCUAUAAAGGUUCUUAAAAAACAAACAUUUUCAUACUUGAAACACCUACGUGUUCUAAGACUUGAAGGUAAUUCUGAUCUGUAUAAAAUUGAGCCUGGGGCUUUUGAUGCGUUAUCUCAAAUAUAUGAUCUAAACCUGGCUGAAGCACGACUCAAAAUAAUAAGAUCAGAUACAUUUUCUGGACUUGUUUUACAAAGUAUUGAUUUAUCGAACAACAGCAUAGAAGAAAUAGAAAAUUUUGCAUUCAGACAUCUUUCCGUUAAAAGUAUAAACUUUGAAAGUAAUAAAAUUGUAGUAUUCAGAAAAGAAAUAUUUACUGGAGUUGACGGAUUGGAUACGCUUCGGACACCUGCAUUUAAAUUUUGUUGCAUCAGACCAAACUACCUGCCAGAAGAAGGAUGUUAUCCUCCAAAAGACGAAUUUUCAUCAUGUGAGGAUCUGAUGAGAUUAUCUGCUCUUCAGACCAUGCUUUGGUUAAUUGGCUUAUCAGCUUUGGUUGGAAAUGCUUUAACAAUUUUGUACCGACUUGUCUAUGACCGUUCAAGAUUAAGACUCGGCUAUGGAAUCUUUGUAACAAACCUGGCUUUGGCGGAUUUUCUGAUGGGUAUUUACCUUCUUAUUAUUGCCGUCGCAGACGCUUUCUUCAGGAAAAGAUAUAUAUUUAUGGACGAAUACUGGAGAAACAGUGCAUGGUGCAAUCUUGCAGGCGUUCUUUCCACAAUAUCAUCAGAGGCGAGCGUAUUUUUUCUAUGCCUUAUUACUCUGGACAGGCUUUUUGUUAUCAAAUUUCCUUUUGGACAAAUCAGAUUUGACAAACGCAAGUCUCUUAUUUGCGCUGGUGUAGUUUGGGUUGUUUCUACAUGUCUCGCUGUAUUGCCUAUUCUGUACAAAAGCUACUUCCAAAACAAGUUCUAUACUAAGUCUGGAGUGUGUAUAGCUCUGCCACUGACUCGAGAUCGACCACCAGGAUGGGUGUAUUCCGUUGCAAUUUUUGUCGGACUGAACUUUGCAACAUUUGUCUUGGUGGCAUUUGGUCAAUGGUCUAUAUUCAUGGAAAUAAGAAGUGUUAGUGGCGGGAUGGAGAUAACAAGUGCAGGAAGGAAGAAUGACUUGACAGUUGCUCGUAAUCUAUUGCUGGUGGUACUCACUGACUUCCUUUGCUGGUUCCCGAUCGGUGUAAUGGGGAUGAUGGCUUUAUACGGUCACGUGAUUUCUGGCGAUGUUUACGCAUGGUCUGCAGUCUUCAUAUUACCAGUAAAUUCUGCCCUGAAUCCAAUAUUGUACACCGUCAGCUCGAUCAUUGGAAGAAAGACAUUCAACCCCAACACCGACGAGCAAUCGAGAACUGAGAUGACAAAAGAGUUUGGUACUCAAAUUCUUAAAUUCCAGCGAAUUAGUCGUCAUUUUAGUGUUAUUAAAAGAUCACGAACAACGUACAAAGACAUAGGCUCUUUACUGCAAACAGAUGACAUAUUAAAACCGAAGAUUGUCACGAAAGCUGUGUACCAACUGGUCAAAUGUUUAAAUGUUCUUCAUAGCAGUUCGUUGGUGAUCGGAGAUUUGAGCACAAAUAAUGUAUGUCUUGGUGUGGUUAAAGGGAAGGUUACUGGUGACGUUCAGAUAGAAAAGGAACCGCAAAUUGCAAAUACCUCGGAGGAUGCACAAGACGAAAUGUUCAACGUUGGGAAAAUUGUUAGAGUUAUGCUGUCAAAAUGUCAGCAAUCAAAUAAUUAACAUUUGUUU